GGCGGCGGCCAGUUCACACUCCUCGACGGGAAUCUCCAGAGUGGGGGUCAGACCGCAGCAGACCAGCCAACUCUCUGCAAAAUGCAGAGAGUUGGCUAGAGUGGAGUGGAGUGGAGUGGAGUGGAGUGGAGUGGAUUGAAGUGGAGGGGAGUGGAGUGGAGCUGGUGUGAGCCACUCGGGCGAGUGUAGAUCGUCCGCGUUGGGUGCAGCCUCGGUGCGGUGUGAACUCUUUGGAACUACGCAGUACGAUGAGCUGCGCAUUACCCCAUCUGCUUUGAGCGACCGUUCGUUGACUGUUCAAAAGGGAUCAAGGCGGCUCGCUCAAGAUGUUGCACUCGUGCAGAUGCUGCUGCUGCUCGAUGCCAUUAGAGAAGGCGUCCAGGAUCAUCGGUCUGACGUUCGGGAUUCUGAGCCUGCUGGCCCUGGGCCGCAGUGUUCUGACGUGGUUGAUGCUGUCCCCGCUGGAGGACAGCCACCUGGGCGAGACACACCGCCGACUGCUGCGGCGGGCCGCCACCCAGCUGCUGAUACACAUCUGCACCUCGCUGGCUCUGGGCAUUUUCAGCGCCCUGCUGGUGCUCGGCGUGUCGCGCCGCUCCAAGUGUCUGGUCCUGUCGUUCAUGAUCUACUUCGGCGCGGUUUGCCUGCUGAGUACCAUUGUCCUGCUAUACUCCCUGUACGACCCUAGUGUGCUCAUUUCUGAGAUUCAGCUGCGCGAAAUGCGCGAACAGAAUGGCGCUAAAAUGGUGAAGACGAUCGUCUUUAUAAGCGUCGGUCUGACGCUGCCCCUGCAGCUAUUUUUCUGGUAUCUGUGGCUGGUGGUGGUCUCUUACUACCGUGAGCUAACGGACAACCCGCCGUCCGGCUCUGCACAGCCGCCCCCUGACACCUGGGUGGGCCAGCCGCCCCCCGGCAACUGGCCCGGCCAGCAGGCCGGCUACCAGCCGCCCCCCGGCAACUGGCCGGGCCAGCAGCCGCCGCCCGGCACCUGGACAGGUCAGCCAGCCGGCUGGCAGGCACCCAUGGUCUAAGUAAGACAGGCACAUUGUGCUCCAGCUGCCUGCUACCCGCCCCGACACUCAUGUCGGAGGUCAACGGGGACACGAAAAAGCAAAAUUCGAGCAGAGGCUCAAUUUAGUUCACCGUACGUCUCUUUGGCAGAAGAAAUAGGCAACGCCCCUCUCUCUCUCUCUC